CAGGUCAAAUAAAAAAAACUCGUGCAGCUCAUAGAAAUACAACACUUAUUAAUUAAAGUAAAUUGCAUCGAUAUGUGACAAAAUUAUUGGUUCGGAUCAGUUAUUACGAAUCUUGCUUUAUUUGCUUAAGAUGUUUCCUUGUGUUAAGUUAAAACUUGAAUAACUCUUGAAAAAAAAUGCUAGAAAGUAGCAGUGAUACAAGGCACCCAAGUUUAUUAGUUUUAAGACUCAGGCAGUCACUUAUAUGUCUUGGGCCAGUGUUGAUUACAAUAAGUCUUGGAUUGGCAGAAGGAUAUUCCGCUAUUUUACUUCCCCAACUAGAAGAAGAAUCGGAUUGGAACAUUGAUACCAAUUUAUCAUCAUGGAUUGCUUCAAUAGCAACAUUGCCGAUGUGCGUAGGCUGCCUUUUAGGAGGAUGGCUAAUGGAAAUGAUCGGAAGAAAAAUGUUACAUAUGUUGACGUGUCUUCCAAAUCUAAUUGGAUGGCUGCUGAUAGCAUUUUGCGGACGGAGCAUUGCAAUGUUGCUUGCUGGCAGAUUUCUUACAGGUAUAUGCAUAGGCAUAUUAAGCCCAGUCCUUACGAUUUACGUCGCCGAAAUAUCCGAUCCAGUAUUUCGUGGAUUUCUAUCACCGACCGUUAUCCUUGCACUUAAUCUAGGAAUAUCAAUAGCCCACGUAAUGGGAACGUUUGUAAAGUGGAAAUUGGUAGCGCUAUCGGCUUGCAUUUAUCCCAUUGCUUGCUUCGUUUUAUUGCUUUUUAUGCCAGAAUCACCGACGUACUUAAUUAAAAAAGGCAAAAUCGAUGAAGCCAAAAUAGGAUUUAUAUGGUGUCGUGGUAACUCGAAGGAAUCCACAAUUGAGCUUGAGUUUCUAAUCUCCAGACAACAACAAGGAACCAAUUCACCGAAAAAAACUCUAAUGCAACAUUUGGAAAUAUUCAGAAAUCCAACAUUCUAUAAACCUUUAUUAAUCCUACUAUUUUUCCUUAGUGCUAUGCAAUGCUCUGGAAUAAACCCAAUUGCAUUCUACACUGUAACCAUUCUCAAAGAAGUACUUCGUAAUUCUACAUUCAAUCCAUAUACAUCAAUGCUUAUUAUGGAUGGAGUGAGAAUGAUUGCCUCAAUUUUAAGCUGUUUUGGACUACAAUACUUGUCUCGUAGACUUCUUAUGAUAAUAAGUUGUUCUGGAAGUUUAAUCUCAUUAUUAAUUUUAAGCGUUUAUUUAUUCAUAACUCAUAAUUAUGAUUUACUAAAUGACUCAGAUUUAUCUCUUAUAGCUGUUAUAUCUCUAGUAGGUUAUGUACUAUUUUCCAACUUAGGGCUAUUGCCACUACCUUAUGCUAUGAGCGGUGAGCUUUUUGCCUCUUCCUCUAGAGGCUUAGGAAGCGGUAUCGCGUCAUUUUGUAAUAUGUUACAAUUUUUUAUUUUGAUUAAAAUUACUCCAUGGUUGUUCAAAGUAUUACCAACAGAGGCCGUAUUUCUAUUGUUUGGUGUUUGUUGUUUAGUCGGAAUGAUUGUUCUAAUUAUAGUACUUCCCGAAACUAGGAAUAAGCCUCUUCAUGAAAUCGAAAACUAUUUCAAUGGCAAUAAAAGAUCCAACAGUAUUUAUAAGUAACCUAAAAUUUCAUUUUCAAUAAUCAAUAAAUAAUUGCUAAAAAUUUGAA